AUGCUUGCUCGGUGCCCCAGCGACCCGCACCAACCAGAUGUCGGGCUCGCUGUUGCACAAAUUGGCUGCUUACCCCGCUGGCUGUCCAAGGUCGAAGCAGCCGCUGCCGCGGUGCCGCGCGGCACGGCGUGGCGCGACGCUUUCCGGAUCCGCAAUCUGCACAUCGUCAAGACGACCAAUGCAUCUCUGUCGCCUUCCAACGCGCGCUUCAUCUACUCGUCACACACCCCCAACCCCUCCGUGCGGCUCGGUCACGUCACUGGCGGCACGAAACCUCGCCAGGUUCUGGAUAACACGAUUGGAGGAGACAUCGACGACACCAUGGACAGCGGGGGGCUGGCCAUCGUGCAAAUCAACCCAUAA